ACACACACACACACACACACACACACACACACACACACACACACACAGACACACACACUCACUCAGAUAGAAUUAGCGGCGAGGACGAGUCUGAACAGGAUGUCUGUUCGCAGUCAGCUGACUGGCUGCACGCCUCCACUUCCUACCCGAUGACCUCUGACCUCUGACCCCCUCAGACUGCAGCUGCAAACAUCACCUUUAAACUAAAAUGGAGCCAUUCUCCUGUGAAACAGACGGAAGACUCCUGUAAUCAGUGAGCACGCUGAGGAAGAGGAGGGGUGAAGAUGACGACGUGAGGGGGCGGAGCCUGCUGAUGUGUUGCAGGCAGAGCUGAGCUCUGAUUGGCUGUUCGUUGUAUAAAAAGAGAAAGUUCAGAAAGUUUUUCUUCUUCAGAAACUCAGUGGACUUCAGGAGGUCUCACUCUGUCAUCAUCAUCAUCAUCAUCAUCAUCAUCAUCAUGGCCAACUGGACCGACUGUCUGAACUUCGGCAUCUCCAUCGCCAAACAGGCCAGUGAGAUCGUCCUGUCGGAGUUUCAGCAGCAGAAACAAGUGAAGCUGAAAAGUUCUCCGGCUGAUUUGGUGACGGAAACUGAUCAAAGAGUCGAGAAGAUCCUCAUCUCUGCCAUCAGGAACAAAUAUCCACAACACCGGUUCAUCGGGGAGGAGUCUGUAGCUGCCGGUGAUCGUUUGGAGCUGACCGACAGUCCUACCUGGAUCAUCGACCCCAUCGACGGGACUGUGAACUUCGUACACAGGUUUCCAUUUGUGGCCGUCUCCAUCGCCUUCACCGUUAACAAGCAGACGGAGUUUGGGAUUGUGUACAGCUGUGUGGAGGAUAAACUGUUCUACGCUCAGAGAGGAAGAGGAGCGUUCCUGAAUGGAGAGCCGCUGCACGCUUCCGGACAGGAAGACGUCAGCAAGUGUGUGGUAGUGACGGAGAUCGGGGCGGAGCGUGAUGACCUCGCUCUGUCCACCAUGACCUCCAACAUCUUUAGACUGCUGAAACUACCUGUACACGGUAUCCGCGCGUUGGGCACGGCAGCAGUCGACAUGUGUCAGGUGGCGACGGGCGGAGCCGACGCCUACUAUCACAUUGGGAUGCACUGCUGGGACAUCGCCGCCUCCGCCAUCAUCGUCCAGGAGGCUGGAGGCGUUGUCAUAGAUACGGACGGCUCGGAGUUCGACAUGAUGUCCAGGAGAGUCGUCGCUGCGAGCUCCUCUGCCGUGGCCAAUCGUAUCGCUCAGGUCGUCCAGGCGUUUCCCUGUCGCCGUGACGACGAGGACCCCGCAGGUGUGUGUGUGGAGCAGCAGGUGUGAACGGAGAACAGGUCAACCUGAAAACACUCACGAUGUUUUCUGAUCUUCUGGAUUCAGCUUCAUCAUUUAUUCGCAGCCAAGUUCUCACCGGCUACCGGCUGGUUUCAGACGAGCGAUUUAGCUGCUAGCAUGAAAUCUGGUCGCGCCGUUAAAACGUCAGGAAUGUCUAAACGUAAAUAAAUAAGUGAAAACUGCAUUAUUGAUUAUUGAUUACACGGAGAAAUCUUUGUGUUUCAGUUCGUAAAAAAACACACAACUGACAUGAACUGGCCACUCAGUCCGACAUCAGAAGCACUGCGUGUUGUAACUGGAGCUGUGGGGAUUUUUGUGAAAUGUAAUAUUGAUUAAAUGAUUAAACAUCAUUUUGAUCCAC